UACAACUGGUGCAACAUGCCGCAUGUCAACUCACAAACGUACGUCCGGCCGAGUCAAGAAUACAAGCUGGAGUACGUCGAGGUGAUUCAUCGUCACCACAAGCGAACACCCUACGCCAGCAACACAUUCCCUGAGGAGGGUUGUGCAUGGAACUGCAGCGAUGAAGGACUCUUCUUCGGAGGGAAGCCUCUCAACCCAUACGGAAACAACUCGGCUGCGACAUAUUGGUCGGUAUACACGACAGACUCGAACCCAUACCCACCGGUCGGCUUCAACGGAACAUGCCAAUUUCCUCAAAUCACUCGCGGAGGUCUCGAUGAUAGCCAUCAGCAUGGUGUAGACCUCAAGGCAGUGUACGGAGACAUGCUCGGCUUCCUUCCCAGCGACUAUGAUCCAACAUCCAUAUCCUACCGAGUGACAAACAAUGUCAUCACGCCGCAAGUCGCAAGCAUGCUCAUUGCUGGCAUGUAUCCCUCGCAAAAAAAUUGCGAUACUCCACUACUCAUUCAGCCGGACAGCGUCGACUCGCUCGAGCCGAACUAUCCGUGCACUGCAGCUACAGCACUCUUCAGCUCGUAUGGUCCCGGCAGCACGUCGCCAGCUUGGACGCAGCACCUCAAUGCCUCAGCUGGACUGUUCGCUCGCCUUGACUCUCUGUCGGGUGUCAAUCCGAAUUCCACGGGCUGGCACAAGAGCUGGGACCACUAUUUUGACAACCUUUCUGCGAGGCUAUGCCACGACAAAUCUCUUCCAUGCAACAUCGUCAACACAACGAACUGUGUCAGUAUGGCGGAGGCAGAACAGGUCUUCCGUCUCGGCGAAUACGAGUACAGCUUCAUUUACCGCGACUCACCACAAUCACUCCCAGCCAGCGUAGGAAGCUACGGCAUCUUCGUGGCUGAAUUGGCGCAAAACUUGCGCCAUGCCAUGGGAGAGGGAGCUCCUCCGACAGGGGAUUGCAAGGUGAAGUACCGUCACAAUGUCGCUCAUGAUGGAUCAAUAUCACGCUUGCUGUCGAUACUGCAACUGGAGAGGAUGGUGUGGCCGGGGAUGGGUGCCGAGGUGGUGUUUGAACUGUACAGCAAAGCAGGGGUGUACUUUCUGCGCGUGCUUUGGGGAGGACGAGUUCUUCGAUCAAGCCAUCCGGCCUUUGGCCAGAUGGAUAUGGUUCCCGUGGCACAGUUCCUGGCGUACAUCGAUGGCCUCGUAGGU